AUGUCUACCAUCCUAUCUUCUGAGCAUGCAGACCUGCGGCCCUCCGGGCCUCAGACUAUAGGACAUGGCAUCGACGAGUUCAAGCCGAGUGCGGCUGAAUUCGAAACCAUGGAAGAAGGCGACCCUCAUAAAUUUAAGCUUUCCAAGACCGGUGCAGAUGUUGCCUUGGCACUUUUCGAUAAUGUAGGCGAUGUGCACGGAUCCAUCGAUCCGGAGGAGGAGCGACGACUAGUCCGCAAGGUAGACUGGAUGAUUCUUCCAUACAUCUCAGUCUGUUAUGUCUUUUUCUAUAUUGACAAAACCACCCUCUCGUACGCUGCCAUCUUUGGUAUCCAGAGUGAUCUCAACCUCAAGGGAACCGAGUAUAGCUGGCUAUCAUCAAUCUUUUACUUUGGGUUUCUGAUCUGGGCUCUACCCACAAACUUCAUGCUACAAAAGUUCCCUAUCGCAAAGUAUCUUGGCCUCAACAUCUUCGCCUGGGGUACGUUUCUCAUGCUCCAAGCUGCCGCACCCAACUUUGGAGCUUUGGCCGCGCUUCGUGCCAUCAGCGGAGCCGCAGAAGCAUGCGCCGACCCUGCCUUUAUGAUCAUCACCAGCAUGUGGUACACGCGCCGGGAGCAACCCAUCAAAAUAGGCCUCUGGUACACCGCCAACGGCAUCGGCAUCACCCUUGGCGGCCUCCUAGGCUACGGCAUCGGCAACAUCAAAGGCGCGCUGGCGUCCUGGAAGUAUGAGUUCAUCAUCGUCGGCACCCUGUGCUGCGCGUGGGGCAUCGUCAUUGCCGUGUUCCUGCCGGAUAACCCCAUCACGAGCAGCAAGCUUACAAACCGCGAGAAGAAGAUCAUCGUCGAGCGGUUACGCGAGAAUCAGACUGGCGUGGAGAAUAAAACGCUGAAGCUCUAUCAGGUGCGCGAGGCGUUCACGGACUACAAGCUGUACUUUUUCUUCAUGAUUGCCUUGUUGCAGGCGAUUGUGAAUGGGGGGACGUCUAAUUUUGGAACUCUGAUUAUCAAGGGCUUCAAGUUUUCGACGUUGAUCACGGCGGUCCUUCAGAUUCCAUACGGAGCCAUCAUCUUCAUCGCCAUCCUAGCAUGCGUCUUCAUCAACGACAGGCUGCCGCCAAAUAACCGCUGCUUCGUGCUGGUGCUCUUCUUAUUACCCAACGUCGCUGGGGCGUUUGGUCUCCGCUUUGUCCCUGAUGACCAGCAGGUCGGCAGGCUAAUCUGCUACUACUUAACCGGUUCUAUCAACGCCUCAUUCGUACUUCUCCUCUCACUCCAAACCGCCAACAUUGCUGGACAUACCAAAAAGGUGGUCACCUCCGCGUGCCUGUUUUUGGGAUACUGCGUCGGCAACAUCGCGGGUCCCUUCUUCUACAAGUCAGAUCAGGCGCCUAAGUAUGAGUUGGGUAUUUGGAGUAUGAUUGUCGCUCACUUGCUUGAGGUCGUGGUUGUGAUUACACUGCGGUUUCUGCUCAAGUGGGAAAAUGAUAGGCGGGACAGAAUGCAGGGGGAAGUCGCUGAGGUUGAUCUGGAUGCGACGGCGUUUGGGGAUGUGACGGAUCGUGAGAACUUGAACUUUCGGUAUAUUUACUGA